GUAGGUUACAAAAAGGUGCGGGUGUUUGGAGGCAUAUCGGAGGAACAACAGUCCUUUGAGGACGAUGUGAAAGACGAUUUUCUCAGGAAAGCAUGAGAGAGAAGAGAGAUUAAGUAUGAUGAAAGUCUUCUCCGGGUUAUAUAAUGGAAGGACUGGAAAAGGAGAGAGCCAUAUGCAGCUCUAGACCCUUCCCAUGGCUUAGUCACCCCAAAACAGAGGCCUCAACCCUGCUAUGGAAACUUAAAGACUGCUUCCCCACCAAUGAGACAACCUCCGCUCAUCACACAGAUAAAAACAAUUACAUGGACAGCAGAAAGGCCGUGUUGGAACUGAAAGAUGUCCCUCCUCCUCCUCCUCCACUCCAUACUUCCUCUUCCCAAUCAUCCCAGCCCUUCUCUCUGGCCACUCUCCCUAUGCCUCCUCCCUGCUUGCCUCCUCCUCAGCUUACACAUGACUCCCAUCAACAACAACCACCACCACAGCAGCAGCAACAAGAGGGGACUAGCCCCAAAGUAAGCAUUUACACACACUGUGACUAUUGCAGCACAGAUGGCUACGGGUUAUUGGGUAAUGGAGGUGUUGUUGGUAGCAGUAGCAGCAUCGCUGGUGUUGUCUCACUCUAUAUGGCCCCAGGCUCUCUGGGAACACCCAUCAGCAGUAGCAGUAUUAGUAGGUUGGGCCCUUGCUCUGUAGCCUGCUCUGUAGCCUCAUCUGUUCAUCAGUAUAAACAUCACAUGAGCUGUGGAAGUGGAGGUGACGUUCUUGGUCCUUUGCCCACUAUUGGUAGCAAACCCCAGCUGCCCUCUUCUGUUGCUACAUCUCAGCCUGUUUCAUCACACCCCUACCUCUCCUGCUGCUCAGGGCUUCUCCACACCUACCCAGCUGUACCUCUUCCAUACAGUCAACCCAGCUCGUUUCCCUCCUCAGCACCUCUGGCUUCCUCUCUCCCCUGUGUUUCCUCUUUACCCGCUCCCUUGCAUGGCUCCUGCCUGGCCCCUUCUGGCUUCUACACCUGUGGUGUGGACUGCUGCCCAUCAGCCAGAAGAUCCCAGAGAAGCACACUUGGUGAUCACCCAACCACCACCACUAUCACCACUACAACCACCUCAGCACAAUUCUGCUCUAAUCCUUUGCACCUAAAUGUAGAACGCACAGUUUGUGUGAAGGGAGCACACUACUGCCAGGAUUGCCUGUUGAAGCCCAUGAAUGGUCUGGCGUCAGAGUCGGACAAGGUGUGGCCCAAUGUUCCUAUUACCCAGACUGCUCCUAUCCCUAUCCCCAUUUGCAAUGGCUGUGGCACCUCCUCUGAUGGCAUGAUGCUCAUGCCAUCGGCCAGCCUUGGCAAGACCGGCCAGAAGUAUGGUUCGCCAGAGAAUGGUGGUUCUGAGAACAUCCCUCCGGUGGGUGUCUUCUGGGACAUUGAAAACUGCAGCGUGCCCAGCGGGCGCUCUGCUGGAGCUGUGGUCCAGCGUAUUCGCAGCCAUUUCUUUCAGGGCCACCGUGAGGCAGAGUUCAUUUGCGUCUGUGAUAUCAGCAAGGAGAGUAAAGCUGUCAUCCAAGAGCUCAACAACUGCCAGGUUACUGUUGCACAUAUCAACGCCACAGCCAAGAAUGCUGCAGAUGACAAGCUUCGCCAGAGCCUACGACGCUUUGCUGAGACCCACACUGCACCUGCGACUGUUGUAUUAGUAUCCUCGGAUGUGAACUUUGCAAGUGAGCUGAGUGACCUGCGCCAUCGCCAUGGCUUCCAGGUAAUCCUGGUCCAUGGCAGCCAUACAUCUUCAGCCCUACUGCAGCACGCCCACCGCCAUGUGGCCUUCCAGGAGAUCACCGCUGAUCUGCCACCACGUAUGCUUGUCAAAGCACAGCCCAGUUUCAACCUCCUCUAUGUGCACAACCUCCCUGUCAACUGUGACAAGAGCCUGCGGAACGCUGUGAAGCUCAGGCUGCGCCGCCUGUCAGACAACUGUGGUGGCAAGGUGCUGGGCAUGGCCCAGGGCACAGCAGUCCUCCGUUUUGGCAGCACUGAGGCAGCUGCGCGUGCCCGCAAGCGAAUGGAGAAUGAGGAUGUGUUUGGCCACCAAAUCAGACUUUCCUUCUCCCCACGGCCCCGAGACGAUGCAAGUCCUGAGCUUGAGCUUCAGUCUCGGUCCCAUCACUUGCCUCAGACUCUGCCCCACACGUAUCAAAGCCAGGAUUCAAUGUUCGGCUCUCCCCCAUCCAUAUCCUCUUCCUUUCUGCACCUGGAGAAGCCCAGGUCACCCAGGAGGCAACGGCGAGCAACCCGCCCGUGCCACGCCCCUGGCCCAGUGCCCGAAAGGCCCUACAGCCCCAGGAGAGGGUGCAGUGGGCCUCCCGGUGGUGCUCCAGCCAAGCCCCAUCAGGAGCUGGGUAGUUUGGAGGGCAAGACCAGAAUGGGCUUCCACCACCUGGAGAAAGGCCGUGCUGCUUCCUCUUCCCCUCACAGUAAUGGGGAGACAGGAGCUCUGGAGCAGCUGUCCAAGCCUGGCCUUACUGGAGAAUCUAUGUACAGAAGGAGACGAGAUGGCUCCUACCCUCGCAGUGUGACUGAAUCCCCUGUAGAACAAGGGGACAAAGGCUCAGGGGAGUUCCAGAUUAGCAUUCCCUCAGCUUUCAGCAAGUUGAACCUGCACAGGAGCUUCAGUCCCCUCAUCCUGUCCCAGGGCUCCUGGUCAUCCAGGAGUGUGUCGCCCUGCCUGUCCAGCCGGUCCUCGCCCCUCCUGGCUGCCCCUUGUAGCAUGUGUCCGGAAGGUCCUCCUGAGCCUUUCUCAGAUGGGGCAGAGGUCCAGGUGGCCAACCUGGACUACAGAAUGUCCCGCAAGGAUCUGCAGCAGACACUGCAUGAUACCUUCUCCCGUUAUGGGCGGGUGAAAGCUGUGGAGCUUAGUCCCCACACGGACUAUCAGUUGAAGGCCACAAUCCAGAUGUUUUCCCUGCAGCAGGCCAUAAGUGCUGUCAGUGGCCUGCACCGUUAUAAGAUCGGAGGCAAGCGCAUUCAGGUGUCUCUGAUCACUGGUGGUAGCAGCAAAUCCCUUGUCAUGCUCAGCACAGAGAUCAUCAGCAUUCUUCAGGAUGCGCCUGCAAAUUGCCUUCCCCUCUUCAAGUUUACGGAGAUCUAUGAGAAGAAAUAUUCGCGUAAGCUCGUGGUUGGGGAUCUGUACAGGCUACCAGAGGUGGUGGCAGUGCGGGAACAGGGAGGCUCAAGACUUGUGUGCCUACUGUCCAGCAGCCAAAUACGUCAGAGUCCACUGGGAUCUUCCCAGUCCCAGGAGGGCUCCUCCUCUGCUAGCGGCAGCCCCGUAGUGUUUGAGGAGCUGGAGUACCAUGAACCGGUCUGCAGAGAGCACUACACACAGCAGGACUUCAGUGAGGCUGACUUUGACCCUGACUCCUAUACAAUACCUUUUGUUGUGAUGUCUCUGAGCACCUUAGCAUCUGAGGUCCACAGUCUGUUGCAGUCACAUGAAGGGACUCUUCCAUUACUCAGUUUUCCAGACUGCUAUGCAGCGAAAUUCAGCCCCCUGCAGCUGGGCAACGAGACACUGGAGGGUGGCAUUCCUCUGGAGCAUCUCAUUACAUGUGUUCCCAGUAUCACAAUAGUCACAGCUCAGAACGGCUUCAAAAUCAUCAAGUGGAUCCACAACAAACCACCAGCACCAAACUCUGAAACGUGGAUUCAGCGCUGCAAGAGUCCAGUUGGCAACCCACAGCUCAUCCAAUUCAGCCGAGAGGUUAUUGACCUGUUGAAGAGUCAGCCUUCUUGCAUCAUGCCAAUGAACAAAUUCAUACCAUCCUACCACCAUCACUUUGCCAAGCAGUGCCGUGUCUCUGACUAUGGCUACUCCAAGCUGCUGGAGCUUCUGGAGGCUGUGCCACAUGUCCUGCAGAUCUUGGGUAUGGGUACCAAGCGUUUACUGACCCUGACUCAUCGUGCUCAAGUGAAGCGCUUUACCCAAGACCUGCUCAAACUGCUUAAAUUUCAAGCCAGCAAACAAGUUGCGAUCAAGGACUUCAUGCAGGCAUACCAUUGGUGCUUAUCCAGAGACUGGAGGGUAAUCGAUUAUGGCAUAUGUGACUUGAUGGACCUGCUGAUAGAGAUCCCCGACACCACCAUCACUAUUACACAUCAGGACACGGACACCGUCAUCUCAGUUCCAAAGAGAGAGCGUACCAUGGAGGAAAUGGAGCGCACUAGGCAGUUUGGGAAGGAGGUGGUGGACCUUCUUCGUCACCAGCCUCACUGCCGAAUGGCCUUCAGCAAGUUCAUACCCACCUACCACCAUCACUUCGGUCGUCAGUGCAAACUCAGCUACUACGGCUUCACCAAGCUCAUGGAGCUCUUCGAGGCAAUCCCCAACAUACUGAUGGUGUUGGAGUGUGGUGAAGAGAAAGUGCUGACUCUGACAGAAGUGGAGCGUAUCAAGGCGCUGGCCGCUCAGCUGGUCAAGCUGCUUCGGGCUCAGAAAAACUCCAGCCUUCCUGUGUGCCAGCUGCUCACGGAGUACAGCAAGACCUUUGGUUAUGGUCUACGCCUGCAGGGCUAUGAUGCCAGCUCCCUGCCGGCUCUGCUUGCCAAACUCUGCCAUGUUGUCAAGGUGGUGGAUGGCUCGGGGGGUCGGGAGGUGCAGUUGAUCAAUAGGAAGUCUUUGCGUUCACUGACCUCCCAGCUACUUGCUCUGCUCAUGUCCCAAGAGGACGAGCACGUAACCAGGGGUUUCAAAGUGGAUGAGCUGAGCCAGCAUUACCUGACUGUCCACGGAGCCCCUCUCAACCCAUGUGAAUAUGGGUUCCUGUCCCUCAGCGAGUUACUCAAGAGCCUGCCCUACCUUGUGGAGUUGUACAGUGAAGAAAGCGAUGACAACAACAAAGCUGGCAACACUGCCAGUGGUGUUGAUGAGGAGUGGGUGAGGCUGACCAGGCUCUACCAGUUUGCCCGUAACGUACGCGGCCUGCUCCACACCUACCAUUACAACCAGAUUUUCCUGACGGAGUUCCAGGGGGCUUAUAACAAAUUUACAGGCUGCAGCCUUGAACCACGCUCCUACGGAUACACCAGCACUGAUGAGCUGCUCAGCGCCAUUCCACAGGUGGUCUGGAUCAAAGGGCAUGGUCACAAGAGGAUUAUCGUUUUGAAGAACGAUAUGAAAGGUGAAGCAAGGGCAAGCCCUUCAAUCCCCAACAGCCCCCAGCCAGAAGAGAACACGGCGAGCCCGAGGGACAGCCCGAUUAGCAACGCAACAUCUGGAACCCAGAGUCCAGGUGGCGAUUCAGCGGUAGAAUCGGAGCUGCUGUGUCUGACGUCAGCAGUAGACCUACUGUGUGGUCCUGUACCAUCCUGCCUACCGUCACCUCAGCUCCACCCUGUUCCCCUCCAGGAGACGGACCUGAUUCACUUUGAGGAGAAAAUUCCAACAGUGAGUGAUGAACCUGAUGCUGCAGCGGUCGCUGACAGCACACCUGACCCACCUGGGCCGCCUGGCAGCACAGACGACUCUGCAGUCCCCAAACCUCCGCCCCCCUCUGACAUGAAGACCCCCUUGUCCAUGGACAGUCCCAGCAGAAGAGCCACACGCAGCAGAAUUAAGCUAGCUGCCAACUUCUCAUUCACAGCAGGUCUCUGAUCCGUUUCUCACACACACACACACACACACACACACACACACACACACACACACACACGCACAGCAAUACUAGUUCACACAUAGUGUAACUCUAAAUACAAGAGUUGAGCGGCUACACUGAACACACUACACAGAAGUCACACACACACACACACACACCCCGAGGAGCAUUGGCGUUGUCCCGUCUACAUCCUUAACAGGCUGUCUGUUGCUUUUCUUCUUGAUCGGUCAUCGGCCAUCUUUGUUUGCUUAUUUCACAAUCGGUGUGUUCUUUCCGAUGACGUUCACCAAGCUGUGAUUUUUCUUCUUGCAGAUUUUCUGCAAUUCUUUGAAUUGAAUUGCCAAAUUCAUCUACUGUAACGUGUGUUUGAUUUCAUCUCCAUAGAAGUUAAAUUAUAUUUCUGCAUCUUCAGUUCAGAGCCACGUUGUGUCAAAGAACACUCGCUGGCUUACAAUGAAUGCGGAGUCUAAAGAUGAGUUAGUUGUCACUGUAUACAUGUAUCGGGUAAUGGGAGAAAUGCUGGGGAUGAGUAACUAAGUUUUGUGUUAAAUCCAAGAAAUGUAGUUACCCACAUUCUCAGAUUAUACAACUGCCAAAUAACAGAAGUAUACGUCCUUGCUGUAUCCCUGAAAACAGAGCAUUUAAUUUAUUACAUUCAAUAAUUUUUACGCUCCUUUUCAAAUUUUGGGAGAAUUUGCUUUGUAGGUAACCAUAGACCUGUCAACCAAACUGGCCGCUAAGCACCACACGGUUUCGUUCUUUCAGUCUUCUCAUGGGUAAAGUACUAAGGAAUUCUAAAGAGGUAGCUUCUCUUUUAGGUAUAUUCUUCUCUUUUGUCUCUGUUUAGUAACCCUCAGGACAGUAUUUUAAGUUCCUUUUUAUAUUAUGCGGAGUAUGUGGUAGUCCGUGUAAGGGUUUGGGCUUAAUGUGUGGUGUAUUUGAUGGCAAUUUAAUGGUGGGACUUAACAUUAGUGUUAACUUUUCAUAUCGUGGCUUAGUUAACUGAAGCCAACGGUCUUUGAACAGUUAAAGCAUCGAUGGCAAACUUUUGAUUGCUAUUGCGACAAGCACUGCUCUCAGGAAUUUUUUUAUUCUUGUUGUACUUUGACUUAAUUUAUUGCAAAGAUUUCGGCUCGUCUCUCUCCAGGGCCACUAAUGAAGGCCUGGAAGGGGGUGGCUCUUUAACACUCUUGCCAGAUGUGCGCUCCGGCAGCAGGAACUAAGAUGUAUACCGCACUUUAAUUGUUCGGCUUUCACCAGCAGCCGGUGUGUCGUGUUCUUUUUAGCUGUGUUUUGUCUGUGUGGUUUACACCGGAGUAGGUGGCGUGAAAUAUGCAUGGUGUGCAUACAUGAGUUUAUGCAUGGUGUAAGCCCAGGAGGAGCAGACAGGAACAGACAUUCUUUAAGAUCGGUCUUUUAUUUCCACCAUGUUUUAGGGGUCUUAGAGUUGGCGUCACCCUUGCAGUUGCCACAUUAAAUGCUCAGGGUUUUUAGAGUUAACCUUGUUGCUCGUAAAGCACCGUGUCUGUAGUGAUGUCCACUGCCUGAGUUUGAAGAGUUGGAGGGGAGCAGUAAGCGCUCCUGAGUUUUUGAUUUUUAAUGACAAGGUGAUUGGUUGUGAGUUUUUAGGGGAAAGAUGUGUCAGGGUGGGGGCGGGGGGCGGUAGGCUGUUUGUGGAGCACCAAGGGGGCUCUGGGCAGCCUCCUGCACAGACUGACGUACACACAGAGGACCCUCUGCGGCUCUCUGGAAUCUGCAAUGGCUUUUACAAUGGCUUGUAUUUGCCACGGUGCCAAAAUGAAUCGCCAUCGUAUCUCCCCAUCCCUCCCAUCUCACAUAGAGGAGUUUUUACUUACUGAUGUGUGUUGGUUUCUCCGUUUUCCUCUCUCAAGUGUUUACAAGAUUGCUGGCUGCUGAAUUUGCCAUCAAAUAAUGUCGGCUGCCGGGACGUUUAGCACGACCGAGGCGCUGCUGAAGUCGAAGGGUUGUUGUGGUUUUUGUUCAGGGAAAAGGUUCAAAGAAUGGGUAAAAGCCCAUUUAAUCAGUUUCUGUCCCGUUUCAGUGUUAACCUCUUUAGCCAGUGUUGAUACUUUUUUUUUUUUUUUUUUUUUUUUUUUUUUUUGUCAGACUUGGUUUUGGCUUGGUACGAAAAGCCUUUUUAAAGCUGAGAGAUUCCACCUGCCAACUCUCCAAAAUCUGUCUGAAUGCCAAUCCGAAUGUUUUUAAUUAGGGCGGUUAGGGUUCAGGUCUCUCCUGCAAUGUUUUACUGUCUGGACACCUCUUUGAUUAAGGAAUGAGCACCUCGAAAUAGUUAAUUAUUUAGAAUUGGUAAUGUUUAAAAAAUGGGCUAAAAAAAAAAAAUGCUCAGAUGAAAUAUCUAGAUUUAACUUUGGCAGUAAGGAUGGAUAACUUUUUGUGACUUUGAGCAAAACCUAGCUCUCCCUCAGAGUACUGCAGUGGCAACUAACUCGUGAAUAUAUUUUACUCUAUAUUUCUCUCUUUCUCUGUUUUGGUUACAUCAGUGAGAAGCUAUUGUACCGGUCAAAAUAUGCACUUUUGCAUAGUUUUGGUUCAUGAAAUAAUGUGAAAUUCGGUAGUGAGCUGGGAGGGGUUGAAAUGUGUUUUUGUGUCUCUACCUCUUUCUGUUUAACUGUAUGAGACCUCAUCUUGCUUAUUCAGUUAUGUUGCACAACUGUUCUACGGUUAAAGAAAAGGUUUAAUUAACUCAAUAGUGUCCUUUUUAAAUUAAACUGUGAUUUACUUUUUGUUUACAACUUUGUCACUUAUGUGUUCACCCCCCCCCUCUCUGUCACACCGUUUUACUGCAUCACCGCACCAGAAGUUGCUGUAACAGUUUAACGUUGUUGAAGGGACCAAAAAAAGGAUUUCUGUUAUUAAAUUUCACAAGCAUCAA